AUGAAUAACCUCCCUGAGCGCGCCGUGCGAUACCCCAAAUUUGUAUCUGCAAGACCAACAAGCGAGGUGCUGCGACGCGCAUCAGGUGACAAUGGAAGCGACGGGAACAGCAUUUCUGCAAGCGUAUGGAUACCCGUAUUGAUACUUGCAGUCGUCGUUGCCGUGCUGACACUGGUUGGAUGUGUCAGGCGGGCCACCAACAGGGAAGUCGGCGCAGUCGCGGUGGCGAGCACACCUGCUGGUCAGGCUGCCUCAACUCGCCCUGGAAGACGCCGGAGGCCCGCACGGACUCCAAGUCAGAUAUCCACAAAAUCGCUUCCACCCUACAUGCUGGAACCGGGCGACCAGGAGCUUGUUCUCUUCAGAGCACCUCCGAAGACGGAGGACGACCACGAUCCUAUGCCAAUACUGGAAGAAGACGAGGAACACCCUGAAACAGAAGGGACACAUCGUGGUCUUGACCUCGAGUCACACGGUACCGCACAAGCGGACAGCUCUGCCACAAAUCUUAUAUAUAACGUUUCUGGUGACGUGUCAAUGAGACGAAGCAUAGACCUUGCUAGCUUGGGCACGUCGCAUCACUCGCAAGGAAGUCAUUCUGAACUCCUACCCUUGCAUACUACACAAACGUCCGAAGAUCCACGAGGAGAAGCGCCUCCAUACUUUGAGGUUGUAGGUCAAGACACUAUUCACACGUUACCUGAUGUGCCUCCUGCAUCAGAGACUUCCAUCAAUAAUACUUCCCCUGAUCGGCGCUCUAGAUUCAGCUUCCUCUUCAAACCAUUUGGCAGCUCAUCACGAUACCCGCCUCUUUCGAUCCAUAACAGGGCUGUCGUUCCUGAACAUACUCGUAACGUUUCAUCCCUCUCCGUGGCAUCAACAACUAGUGGACAUGGGCGCAAUCGCUCGAGCUCCAAUUCGACGCUUUUGAAAGCUCUCCGACCCCACGAUCAUUCCACGCCUAUGACAUCCCCGUCGACCAUCUCUUUGAACUCAAUAUCGGCACCUCUCACACAUACUGUUAUGCGCUCGGAGUUCCGGGCGCCAAAAGGUGGCAUGACGCCUGAGCAAAUUAAACUUAUCACCUCCAGGAAUGCACUAGAAAGAUUCGGUGUUCCAUACGGUCCAGACGCUGUAGCAUUUUCAGCAUCAAGGUCUAAUAUGGCACCACCGCCCGACUUCGACGUCAUCACAUCGAGUUUGCCAGACCAAGCAAGUGGGUCACUAUCAGCCGAUAUUCGCAACCCGUCUAGUACUAGCACACCAGAGAGAGAGACAACAGGAAGUCCUGUCUUUGAUAGUGCUGCUGCGGAUGAGGCUGGACAAACAACCGCACGUUCUGUCACAUCCGGAUCACCUCCAUAUUCCCCAUCCAGAGCUGAUAAAAAUUCUCAAGUGCCAUCAUCAUCACGCUCGCUACUACUAUCUUCAUAUCAACGACAGGGUGACUCGCGCUCAAGUUCGACGACAUCCUUUGAGACAGCUGCUUCCGAGUUCUCGCGGCCCACUACACCGCUCACAGCCCGACCUGAGACGCCGACAGCUCGGCCCUUUGUUGCAUGA